UUUUUUUUUUAUCCUCUCUCGUCUCUUCUCUCUCUCUCUCUCACCCAAUUUCACAAACCCGAAACCCUAAUUUUAUCGGGACACUGAAAUUUUUACAGCUUUCUUGCGGUCCUCUUUCUUCACCGGGGAGAUUUGUCGGUGUUGAAUCUAGGGUUUUUUUUAACGGAGGGUUUAAAAGCCUAAAAACAAUGGAAUCAGAUCAGGGAAAGCUCUUUAUCGGCGGGAUUUCAUGGGAAACCGACGAGAAUCUUCUGAGAGAAUACUUCAGCAAUUUCGGUGAGGUUUUGCAGGUCACUGUCAUGCGUGAGAAAGUUACUGGUCGUCCUCGAGGAUUCGGCUUCGUCGCAUUCUCGGAUCCUUCUGUUAUUGAUAGGGUUCUUCAGGACAAGCACCAUAUCGACAAUAGAGAUGUUGAUGUGAAGAGAGCAAUGUCUAGAGAAGAGCAGAGUCCUGCUGGGAGAUCAGGGAAUUUUAAUGCUUCUAGGAAUUUUGAUAGCGGAGCUAACGUUCGUACUAAGAAGAUAUUCGUGGGAGGUUUGCCUCCUGCAUUAACAUCAGAUGAAUUUCGGGCUUACUUUGAAACUUACGGUCCUGUGACUGAUGCAGUCAUUAUGAUUGAUCAGACUACGCAACGUCCUAGAGGUUUUGGCUUUGUUUCUUUUGAUUCUGAAGAUUCUGUUGACCUUGUUUUGCAUAAGACUUUCCACGAUUUGAAUGGUAAACAAGUAGAAGUUAAACGUGCUCUUCCUAAAGAUGCUAACCCUGGAGUAGCCACCGGUGGUGGUCAUGGCAGCGCCGGAGUUGGUGGGUUUCCGGGCUAUGGUGGUUCUGCUGGAAGUGGCUAUGAGGGUCGUGUGGAUACCAAUAGAUUCAUGCAGCCUCAAAACACUGGUAGUGGUUAUCCUCCUUACGGUGCUUCUGGCUAUGGUACGGGUUAUGGUUAUGGAAGCAAUGGUGUGGGUUACGGAGGUUUUGGUGGGUAUGGUAAUCCAGCUGGUGCGCCUUAUGGUAGUGUCCCUGGAGCUGGGUUUGGAAGUGGUCCAAGAAGUUCAUGGGGCGCUCAAGCACCAUCCGGUUAUGGUAAUGUGGGUUAUGGGAAUGCAGCUCCCUGGGGUGGUUCUGGUCCCGGUUCAGCAGUUAUGGGUCAAGCUGGUGCAUCUGCUGGUUAUGGCAGUCAAGGUUAUGGCUACGGUGGAAAUGAUUCCUCAUAUGGGACUCCAUCUGCCUAUGGUGCAGUAGGUGGGCGAUCUGGAAAUAUGCCUAACAGCCUUGGGGCUGGAGGCUAUGCGGAUGCUUCAGAUGUCUCUGGAGGUUAUGGGAAUCACCAAGGGAUCAACGGGCAAGCUGGCUAUGGUGGAGGUUAUGGAAACGGUAGGCAAGCUCAGCAACAGUGAUUGAAGAAGAAAGACUACUACAAUGUGGUUUUAUCGCUGACCUUGAAACCUCCUCUUUCCGCCUUGAUGAUGUCACGUCUGGGGCGGUUUGACCAGGAGGUCGACCUACGCUGGACUAUCUCUUUUGUUAGUUUUUUCAAUAAGUUGUUUUCAGGCAAUUCCGGAUACUGCUAGUAUUUCCUAUGAAGUUGUAGUUUUCAAGUUUGCGUGCUUAUUUAUAUUUGUCGGCUUUGAAAUGGUUUUCUUUCUCUAUCCUCUCUAGUGUCUGUGUUUAACGAUACAUCCUCCAGACUAUCAUCAUUCACCUUCCUUUGUUUCAUUCAUUUUUUGAAUA